GUCAUUGAAUGCGAGAUGGAAAAUCGACCAAAAACAAUAAAGUUUAAAUUUGACCCAACCAAUGUUAACCCAGUUGAGGUAGCUCAAGAUCUUGUCAAACAAGAUCUACUUAGCGAUUCGCAGACAACAGUUUUUGUUGAUAUGGUUCGCGAUAUACAACGACAAUUAAAGGAAAAUCCAAAUCAACUACCGAUUGCUUCUCAAUGCUAUCGUCGUUCCAUGGAAAAGGUGCGCCAUGCGUCUCUAACACGUCAGCGUUCGAAUUUUAAAACACAUCAGAGACAUAGAUCUCGUGAUGAAACGUCGACAACAGCAGCAAAUUUUACCUAUAUCUUUGAUCCAACAAUCAUUGACCGGCAAACUCUUGGUACUGGAAUUUCAAGCACUACAACAUCUUCGACGUCUUCUUCUCCGUUAUCUCAACAACAAGUUAACUCGGCAUUGAUAUCCUCACAAUCAAACAUUGAAGCAAUAUCAAUAGAAAAAUCAGAGCUAGGAAAUGAAAAUAACGCUGAUUUGACAUUGCUUCCUUUACUUCACGAUAAAGAUUAUAUAAACAGUGAGGCCGAUCGAAGAAAUGACAACCACCAGGGGAUUGUGACAUAUAUUUCCACAGUAACUGAUGAUAGUGCAAAUGAUAAUAAUAGCAGUUGCGAUGAAAACUCACGCAAAGCUAGUACUGUUAGUACAGAUUACACAUCGCAUGAGAACACGCCGGAAAACACUAUUACAUCUGGGAGCAACCUAAAUAUUUUGAAUCCUACUUCUAGCAUUGGUGAACAUGAUACUACGAGUACUGUACCAGUAGUAUCAGACGAAUGUCAAUUAACGACACAGUUGAUUCCAAAUGAAGAAUAUUUUGCAGCACACGAUACCAAUGCAAUAAUGGCUAAUCAUAACGAACGCUCACAAGAGAGUAAUUCUACCUCAGUGCCAUUACACCUAACUGCAGCAAGUGAUCCAGUUGAUGGUGCUUUACUUUCUACAGCCAUCAAUAAUCUUCCCGUAAAGGAAUCUUCUAGUCAAAAUAUGUAUCAGCCAUUAAAAUCAAAUAUAAACUGUAUUGAAUCAAAUUGUAACAAAGAUGAAAUGGUUCUUCAAGGUGUCGAUGAUAUGUCAACGCAUCUUUCUGAUGUAUGUAAAGAAGAAUCAGUGCUCAUCGAACCAAACAAAACGCCCAUGGCUACCCCACAAUUGAAAGAACGAAAGUUAUCACGUUUUUCUGUAACACCUGUUGUCUUGCCCCGUGUAUUAGAUGACAGCGAGCAUCCAACGAGUUCAUUAUUAGCUGUGGUGGAUUCAGGUACAGCUAAUGCAUUAGAUGAUUGCGAGCAUCCAACUAACUCGUUAUUAACCGAGGAGGAUUCAGAUAUAGCUAGUACUUUGCAGACUGGGAUGGAAUCAAAACAUGUAGAAGAAGUAGACAACUCUUUGGCAGAACCUACGCAGCAAAUAAUAACCUCUGUGGAGAACUCCUUACAACAUGAUUCGCUUGAAUAUGCUUCGCAAAGUAUGACAAUCCAACAGUCAUUAACUAUGGAAUACGCGGAAUCGAUUCCUUCUAAUCUUGAAAAUUUACUACACGAACAAGAAGUUUUCGUGCAACAUCAGUUGACAGAUAUUGAAAAUCAUCAAAUUCAACAUUCUUUCAAUGUUCAACCAAUCACAGAUAAUACCGAUGAAACUGCAGUUCAACACCAGCAAAUGCAACAGCAGAUGCAAUAUCACAUACAUCAGCAGCAACUACAACAAUUGUCGAUUCAACAACAACAACUGCAACAACAACAACAUCAACUGCUACUACAACAACAACAACUGAUUCAACAGAAUCAACAAAUCAAACCAACAGAUCAGAUUGGCUUGAUAUCUGGACAGGUUUCAGCCGAUCUAGGGUCUCGCGAAUUGAUGUCUAAUAGCAAUCGAAUGCCGGAAACAUUGGAACAGCUUAAGAUCGGCUUGGAAAACAUAACACAUGCUCAUGUGAAUGCGAAUAAACCAAGCGUUUCAACUGGUCUAUCUUCGCAAACUAGCACUACAGCACUUUCCGCGAUGGUUUCUCCACAUACUGUCCCUGGUUCUUUACCCACAGAAACUGAGCACUUGCAGAAUUUGCAACAGCAGCAGCAAACGCAGGUGAUAUUUUAUCAAUCACAAGAAUGUAUCAUAUCGGAUCCAGCCGCGGUUCCUUGGGACGAACCAAAUGACGCAAUCACAGUCAGCGAUGUCCCUUCCAAAAUUCAAGAAUAUGUCGUUGAAGGAACAACUUACGCAGCAGUCGUGGCAGGCGAAUUUGUGUCGCUAUCUGCUCAACAAAAAAACGUACCAUCGUUAGAUCCAUCAUCUACCGUUGAAUCGGUUGAGCAUUCUCAACAAUACGCAUCGAGACGGACAUCUGCUGAACUAAGCAACGUCUCUGCUGUCGUUGAUUCGUUGGAGGCAAACACGAUACAACAAUUAUCAGAAGAAUCUAAUAGUAGCGUUGAAUCGAGUAUUUCUAAUGCCUGCGAAAAACAAUUUCCAAACCGCGGAAGUGUAGAUCGUAUAGACAGUUCUACCAAUCUGACAACCUUGCAGUUGAAGUUGUCACAGCUGACAGUUUGCGCAGAAUCACCAAAGGUCACGGAUCAGCAUACUUUAACGCAACAAAUGCAUUCGGUUGUUUGCAGUCCUUCUGAUGAAUCCAACAGCACUAUUAAUAUGUCGAAUGAUGCCAGACCUUUGAUAAGAAAAGUGUCGCGUUUCCAGGUUCACACUGUACAAGAAUCUCCUUUUUCGGUUGAAUUGCCAUCGAAUACGCAACAUGAUCUUGUCAGUACUGCGAUGUCUGUUGACAUCCCUACGAGUACGGCAUUCUCAUCUCCAACGGAUGAAAAAUCUUCGCAAUACCAACAACAAACGGCAACGGUUGUUUGUGAAAUUCCUACUACAAAUGAUCUUGAAGUGAUGUUGAAUCAAGUGCUUCCAAAAACUCCAAACAUGGAAACAACUGCACCGAAUUUCAUCAAUACGAAUUCCUCUCAGGGUAGCAUUCAACAAGCAACAACGCCAACAUCUUCUUUGCAGUUGGAGCAUAGUGUAUCACCUUCAACGACUUCAGAUACACAAGAGCAGAUGAUUGAAAAUCAACACGCUACCCACGGAAUAAGUAUACAACAUCCAUCACACACACAAAUACAAGGAGAGGUUGCGACAGGAACAAAUUCACAUACUGGAAUACAAUCUUCAUUGAUGGAUGGCACUAGUUAUACGAUCGUGUCUCAACAGCCUCUACAAUCUCAAACUCUUACAAGUUCACAAUCAGAGCAACCACUACCUUCACCAGAGCCAACAUUUAACAAUGCCGAUAUCGGUAAUAAUUUGAUUGCCAUUCAAAAUCAUUUAUACGGAUUGUCAUUAAUGCCAAGCUCAAGGCAACAACUACAACUAUUAUUGCAAAGGCAGCACAUCGAAUAUGAGGAGUUGAAGCUACGCCACUUUUUAGAAUUAGAAAAGUUCCUAAAACAGCAAAAAGAGGAAAUGAACCCGACGCAGGUCAAUGUGUCUUCUGGUCCUCCUGCGACAUGUAAUUCGCCACCAACAACGAAUCCUUCGCCGCAUGUUGAUCUUCAAUCUGAAAAUCUGCAAAUGAUCUCAAAUCAAUCAGCGCAAUCGAUUUUCGUAGUACCUAUUUCAGCACCCGUUACGAUGACGGAAAUAACCUCGCCUUCCGCAUCUCCCGGUAAUCUUGUUGCAUUUGAUGUAAACUCCAUGGGAACACUAGCCAUGUCAACAGGAUCAUCUGGAGCUGGAAGCAGUACCGACGCAGACCUGCAAGAAACAAUUCUAACAUCGAAUGCGUCCAAUACUAUGGAUUCGAUUACUAUUUUACAACAGUAGUAACAACUGCAACAUCUCCAGCAUCAGGCAGAACCUCAAUUGCAAUAGCAACAACUGCAACUGUGAACCGUUUCAACAACAUUAGUAAUGCUGGUAUUUUGCCUUCGUAAAUAAAUCCCAAUGUUGUCUUAAAAUGUGUAUCAAAUGUACCAAAACAAAAAAAAAACUCAGUAAUUGCUAAAAUCGAGAGAAAGAUCAUUUUUUUAUUGAAAAUGUAGGCACACGGAGCUACAUAUGGAAGCAGUACGAAGCACACAUAACAGCAAAUCCUUCGCAUGGAGAUGGUGUUGCUUUAAUAUAAUAUUUUAGUGUUGUUAGUGAAUAGCUAGAGUGCUAAAUGUGAAGCGUGUUACACGACUUACGGAAGAAAAUUCAUAAACAAUGGAAGGAAGUGUUACAAUGAAUAUGUGGCGGUACUUUCAUCAUUAUAAAUUAUUUAAUGAAAUCCUGUAUGAGUGGUGAUUGUGUAUAUUUACUAGACCAUGGUCUAGUAACGUGCUAUAUGUGAAUAAAAUACGCACUCGCAAGUUCAGCACCAUGAUACUAUGGGAUGUAUGGAAGAAAUAUAUCAAUUUGCUUCAUGUGGUAACAAUGUGUGUCUACGUGCGUUUUACCGAAUAAAAAUCAAAAGUUCAUUAUCGAACCGCUUCAAACAACAAGGAAAUGUUCAACCAUACCCAAGCCCUUAAUUGGCUUCAUGAUUUGCAAAGUAAUCAAAUCGUUCACCAAAUAAUGGAAGUAUCUGUACCGCGCAUGUUAAGCGCUAUGCUCAAAUUAAAGACUAUCCAGAAAACGGUGAUUGACUGCCAAGAAAAAAAUCCUAAACAUCCAUAAUGAGUGAAACGGAACUGUGGAGCACAAACGGUGCACCGAAUAAUUUUUUUAAUGAAUGUGAUUUAAGAAGUGGAUGCCUGUGGCAGAACUUGAAAAAUAAUAAUAAGGAGUCAUAUUACAGGCUAUCUCCGAGCUUAUUUGGUUCAUAUUAUCUUCCUAUUUGUAAGUGUACAUAUUGGUAUGAUAUCAACAACAGCAUUGCUACUGCUGCAAAUGAUGGUAACAGUGCAAGCAAUAGUGAUAGGCUUAACAAUACCGUUAAAGAUUAUCAUAAGGAUAAAAAGAGUGAUAGUGGUUGCUAUGUAGCCAAUGAUAGUCGAUGGAGCAUUGUGCAAUGCUUUGCAAAUGAGUACCUGCCGGGUGCAAGGAAACAUAAUCGUUCUAGUUUGUGGAAACGGUGGCGCUGGAAAAAAAUGUCGUCAUUCGGAAAAGCACUUUUAAUCUAUUGCAUAUUCUCUAUAAGUAUCAACGUCACUGCAUCCCAAGACAUAGAUGCUUUACAGACUACAACCCGGUUAACUGCAUCGCAACCAAAUGAAGAUGCCUUCAUCAUGAGUCCUGGAGAAGUCUGUUCGAGCGUGGAUGUGCGGAACACUCCACUUCAUCUGGAUCGACUAAGAAACUGUCGGGUGGUUGAAGGAUUUGUGCAAAUUAUGCUUAUUGACAAAUAUGGCAACGACAG